UCGGAUCGCUUCCCCUGAUUCCAAGCUUAACUUCCCGAGCUGCUGACGUCACUUGGCAGCCUGGGCUGUACUCGCCGCUCCAUACAUAGCGCCGAUAAAAAUGCUGCUCUCCGUACCGCCAAGGACAGGAAUCAAUCCAUACAACGGCUAUAACAGCAGAAACGGCAAAAAGCAGGUCUAUGUGUCCUCCGGCCACCAGAUGGCACCCCCCAGUCCCAACAGCAACAACAGUGGCGGGGGAGGGGAACAACUGAGUAAAACUAACCUGUACAUCCGUGGUCUUCACCCCGGGACCACAGACCAGGACCUGGUCAAGCUAUGCCAGCCAUAUGGGAAGAUUGUGUCCACGAAGGCAAUCCUGGACAAAACCACCAACAAGUGCAAAGGCUAUGGCUUCGUGGACUUCGACAGUCCGGCAGCGGCCCAGAAAGCGGUGAGCGCCCUGAAGUCCAGUGGUGUCCAGGCUCAGAUGGCCAAGCAACAGGAGCAGGACCCCACCAACCUGUACAUCUCCAACCUGCCUGUGUCCAUGGAUGAGCAGGAACUGGAGAGCAUGCUCAAGUCCUUCGGCCAAGUCAUCUCCACACGCAUCCUCCGCGACGCCAUCGGGACCAGCCGUGGCGUGGGUUUCGCCAGGAUGGAGUCCACAGAAAAGUGCGAAGCCAUUAUUCAACAUUUCAAUGGGAAAUUUAUUAAGACUCCACCAGGAGUUCCAGUGCCCCCGGAACCAUUAUUGUGCAAGUUUGCAGACGGGGGACAGAAAAAGAGGCAGAAUCAGGGGAAGUACAUUCAGAAUGGCAGGCCCUGGGCAAGGGAUGGAGAGACGGGAGGGAUGACGUUAGCAUAUGACCCCACAGCCUUACAGAAUGGGUUCUAUUCGUCACCCUACAGUCUGGCCCCAAACCGGAUGAUCGCCCAAACGUCCCUCUCUCCCUACAUGCAUUCACCAGUCUCAUCUUACCAGCUACAUAGUCCCUCCUGGAUGCACCACCAGUCGUACCUCAUGCAGCCUGCAGGCACAGUCCUGACUCCAACCAUGGACCAUGCCAUGUCCAUUCAGCCCACCUCCAUGAUGGGCCCCAUGACCCAGCAGCUCAGCCACCUAUCCCUGGGCAGCACAGGCACGUAUAUGCCUGCCAACACUAUGCAGGGGACAUACAUCCCCCAGUACCAACCAGUGCCUCCCUCCAGUGUCCCUGUAGAGGAGAACGGAGGACAACAGCAACAGGUUGCUAUGGAGGCACCUGCAGAACACACAAACUACUCCUACCAGCACACCAAGUGAAGCUAAGCUCGGGGUCAGGAGGCCAUCUUUCUGACUGUACCACAGAGGGUUGGUUCUCUACAAGAAGAUAACAGAGCUCUGUUAGCACCAGACUUGAACACUGUUGACAAAAGGAAUACGUGUGUGCUUUGAAAAAGAAGUUAACAUGCUUAUUUUGUCUGGACUUUUCCUCUCUCUUCUUCAAGAGUCAAUCAGCCAAAGGUGGAAGUCUUCUGCAAUGGAAGCUUUGAUCUCUUUUGAGAACUGAAAAAAUAAACUAAGUUGAACAAAGAAACCAAUUUGGAAAGGGGGAAAUGACACAAAGCGUUAUUUUUGUGCACGUAAAAUAACAAAUUCUUAUUUUUUAAAAGCAUUCUGGAGUUUCAGAGUGGUAAAAGGAAAGUAAUUACAACACAAUGUGUCUUUUAUUUUUUGGUAAAAUAUGCUAACUUUAAUUUUAAAUUUUUUAUGUCUGUUUUUUGACAUUCUAUUCACAGCAGUUUGACAAUAUUUUGUACAUAAAAAAAUAUACUAAUACACAUUUAGUUGGUUUAAUGUUUUAGUGUAGGAUACUUUUAAGUACGGAAAAUGCUAAACAAACCGUUUAAAGCUACUUCUCUCUAAAACUAAUCCAGUAAAAGGCAAAGUUCAGUUACCUCACUGGCAGAUGGUAACAUUCAUUAUUUAUAGAUUUAAAAUUAAGUCAAACUUAAACCUUAUAAAGCAUUCACUCAUAAACACUCAGAAUUUGUUAUGAGCAGAGGACAAUCAUGAUCAUUCUUAUUUAUAUGUACAUCAUAGUUCUAUUUUUAGAUAUUUAGUCAUAUUCAAACAUGUCACUUGCUUUUGUGUAAAUUUUAUUUAAUAAAAUUCUUUAUUUAACACAUCUGGUAAAUGCCCAACACUGGCAAUAAACAUGAUACCACUUAGAAAAUAAUUAAUAUGUGUUAAAUAAGAGCUAAAUGAUUUUUAAAAAUUAAGCACAUUUGAUAUUGCUGUAAAACUUUCUUACGAGAAGAAAAUUAACUAUUGUUUUUUUUAGGGUAUCAUGUAAUAUGACGCAUCCAAAUGUCACCUUCUGUCUCCAAACACUUGAGACAAAAUUAAUUGUUAUAAUAUUAUUCAACAUUUAAUAAAUUAAUUACUAUACUAUACAAUCUUUUUAUUGGAUUUUAUUGGAUUCAUAGAUCGUAUAAUAAUAAUUAUACAAAAUAAUUACUAUACAAAAUACUUGACUUGGUUUGUGCUAGAGUCCAUGUCACACCAGUGUCCAUAAGAAGUGGUUUUAAGCGGUUUUGUUCUGGUAGUUGUUCAGAUGUCUAUAGGGAAUUUCACCUUUUGUACAAAGUAGACAGACAAAUAAGUGGACAUGCCUUAGUUUUGAGCAGUUGGGUUACUAUGAAAUAGGUGUGAAAAAUAGCUCAAACAAAUAAAGUAAAAAGCAAAGCAAUGAGGGGAGAAGUAGGACUAAGAAGAGUCCUUAAGAGUCCUUUGUUGUUGGGAAAGGGAGCUGCAAGUCUUUCUCAAUGCUGCUGUUGUCUCCUGAGUUUGAAUUCCUGACUGUCAAUUCAUUUGAUAAAACAAUUUGUAGAAAGAAGUAAAGUAUGUUUUCUCUUUUGGGGCGUUCACUUGAACCCUUCUGAGCUGUCAUGCCUUUUAUCUUUGUUGUUGAUUUAGUUGUUAUAAAAACGUGUUUUUGAUGUAUUUUAUUUUCAAAAGAUUUGAGAUUUUAGCAGUAGGGAAAAAGUUUAGAUUUGAGAUUUUAGCAGUAGGGAAAAAGUUUAGAUUUGAGAUUUUAGCAGUAGGGAAAAAGUUUAGAUUUGAGAUUUUAUUUUAUAAGAGAUUCAUAGGAUUUUUUUUAUUGUGUUGAGUUUGUGCGUUUGCACAUGGUCCAUGCAAACUUAAGAGAUGAUUUGAUGUUUUUUUUUUAAAUGUUUCUUCACGUUCAUUUCCGUUCCAGAGCACUGUGUUGUUCAAUAUGAUAUUGUUUUUCAGGCCUGUGUGAAAUAGGCUUUAACUGAAACACGUCCACGUUUAUCUUGGAGACACUCAAUGACACUCAAUGGCAACCUUGCCCUCCAGCUCAGACCAGUCCAGUGGAGAUGUACAUCUAGUCUAGUGUAAAAGCAUUCUAUUGUAUCUGUCAGAGAAAAUGAGGCUGCUAUCCAGAAAACACCAAACAGAAUAUGAAAGUGUUGGUGAAAAAGUGUCCCAUAACUAAUUGUUCUACAGCAGUUAACUAAACCUUGGAUGAAUUGUUUCUUGUUUCAACAAAGACAAAAAUGCGUAAACUUGGCGGAUUUUGUUAGAAAUGACGACCAAAGUAUGUCUAAGCCUUAACUGUAACCAGGCAGAUUAGCCCUAUUUAAGAAGGGGAAGCCUCUUUCUCCUCAUUUCUCCUAUUCAGUUUCAGUUACGGUUGAGGGUUUGGCAAAGAAAAGUUCAUACAGAUGCAAUCAAUAUCAGAUGUUAUAUUGACGUAAUAUUAUACAGGGCUGAGUUGAACCAUGCCUUGUUAAAACCUAGUGUUACCCUAGUAAACAUCCCCCCAUCACACUGGAUCUUGGGUUUUUGCCAUUCUUCAGUAUUAAUGACAUCACAUAUACUGUUUCUUCUUCCUUCCCUAUCUCUAUACCUCGGUCCUCGCCCUACAAAACGUUGUUCGUUAUUAUUUAUGUCUGCAACACCAAAGAUGAUGAAGCCAUCCACCUGUCAGCAAAGCGAUCUGUCAGAGUAUCUGUCUUGGAGAACAUGCCUCGCUCAUCCAUAUUGGCAUACAAAGCUACAGUAAUGCUACAGUAACAUCUUCGCUAAGUGGCAGUUCCCUGGUCAGUGGUGAACAAGCAAUAUGUUUCCUUUAGGUUCUGAAUGAAUGUAUUGUUGAAUAGAGAUCCAUACAUGUGUGCUUCAUUUAUCGACAUUUGCUUGUUUCGGUUUGGUACAUCCAGCUGAAGACCAGUAUAUGCUACUGUAUCUUUAGUACAGAGAACAGGGCAAUGGGUCUACUUAGCUUUUUUAGUGUUGAUGAGGAGAGCUCAGCAUUUAUCUAUCUUUCUGUAAAUAUUAGGACUAUUUUCCACUCUUUUUUCUGGUUGAACUCAUGUCAAGACCAUUGUUUGUUCCUGUUUCCACCUUUGUUGAUGUGAGUGUUUUGUUGAUGUCUUGUGAUCUGUCCAGAUAAUACACGUUUUCAGAUCCAAUGCUCCUCAUGAAGGAAAAUGUCAUGGUUUUAUUUUCUAUUGUAAUAAACUGAUAGUCCAUGUAUCAGCCAUCACUUUAAAUACAAAAAGAACGUGGUUUUGAAACUAUGAAAUGACCAGUUGUUACACUGCAGUCUUGUUCAUUGAAUCAGAUUUUCAGAUUUGACAACUUGCUUAUUGCUGUUUUUUUGGGGAGAGCAAAUCAUUAUAUGACACUCAAUUCCUUGUGAGAAUGUAGUAUUAGUCAAGUAAUCCAUUGUGUUAUGAUGAAUGGUGUUAAAGGGAUCCAAAAUCUAUUGUUUGUCAGUCGUCUUCAGACCCCAAAAGCGGUAUAAUGUCCAUCUGUUCUGUAGAUCUAAAUUUCAAUUUUGGAGUGGACUUUCACUUUAAGUUACAACUAGCUACAAUGACCUGUAAAUCAUUGUCUGAGGGAGCACAUUUGAGGCUAUUGUAUGUUUCCCUGGUGCGUACCUUUGACAGGUAUCUUAUAAUACCAAGGAAAAUGAGCAAAAACAAGAUGUGAAACAGAGGUUUCACUUGCACUUAUUUUCAAACCAUGCUUAUGUAAAGUAAAACCCUCAUACCUAGCAUUAUCCUGUCCUUGCUUGUUGUCCAGAUCAUGUAGCUUCAAUGGCUUAUUUCAUAGUUUCAAAAUGUUUUGCUGCUAAAACGGGAUGUCCUAGCAGUGGAUAGAUGGGAGCCACACUGGUUGUUUAAAAAUGUCUUACUUUAACCUAGAAUAUCAAAAGUAGAUCAGAUUAAAGUAUAGUUAACAUUCUCAAAUUAUAAAAUUACAUUUGAGACACAUUUUGUGAAAGUUGUACUCUUUGAGUCAUUUUGUAAUCUCUUGGGUAAUUCGGCAGAAAUCUGACAUUUUGAACAUACAACUGUCUCAUCUCUCUCACUGCUUGUAAAACAUUUCCUUAUUUAUACAAUAACUCAUUUUGUACAGUGUAUUAGAGGAGAGAGGUUUUGAUAUUUGGUUCGUUUGUUAGUUAGCUGGCUAGCCACUCGGUUACUUUCGUCUUCCUGUGCCAGAGUUGCUCAAGUCUCUGUAACUCUUGUUUUUUAUUCUAAAAAAAAAAAAAAGUAUUUUCUUUCUUUGUUUUACUCUUAGAAUUUUAACAUGUCAAUGUUCUUUUUUAAUUAAAAAAUAUGUUUUUUAA